AAGGCCUUUCAUUCCCAAAGUUGUUAGCAAAAUUACUUGAAAAUGGCCAUUAACACUGAAUGUACUUCUCCUUCUCCUCCUCCUCCGAGGAUCGGUAAGAUCGGGCCAUACACGGUUUUCAUGACUCCUCCAGCCACACCCAAAUCCGGUUCUACCGAGCUACCACCACCAGUUCAGCUGCAACCGGUUCAAACACCACCGGUUCAGGUGGUCGAUAAGUCAUGUCCGGUAUGGUCUCCUCCAAUGCAGUAUGAUAAACCCUCUCACUCUUCUUUUGGGUUUUUCUGGAACGCUGUCGCUAAAGUUCAAAAUGCUCAUGCGAGUUUGGAUGAACAAGUGGCAUACUGGUUUGGAUUGAAUCAGUCGAAGUAUCAGUGGGCAUUAGAUGAUUACUAUGAGAGCAAAAAUAUUAACCAGGCCGAAGAAAAAGCAAAAGUCGUAGCUAGUAAAUUAGAGAAUGUAUGAUAUGCCAAAGGAGAAGGUAUAAAAUCUUGUCAGGAUGUGCUAUGUGUUUCCUCUUGUUGCUUCUAGUGCUAUUCCUGCACGGUAUGCAUUAAUGUGUGAUUAUCACACAUUUUUAGCAGCUAACAAUGUCGAGUUGUAUGGUGCAGCAGCUAACAAUGCUGCUUGUGAAGUUAUUGAUGUUAUCUAUUACAAUAUGUAUCUAUGUACUUUUGUUACUGGUAGAAAGUUUCUUUCAGUUACGAGAUUUUGUUGUUUCUACUCAUCAUUUUGGUGUUGCUGUUAUUGCGAGUAAUUUGGAGGGAAGCACCCAACGUUAAAUCAAUUUUGUUUCCUUUUGAUAAAUGAAUAAUCAAAAGCAUCUUUCAGGUGCACAACAGUGAAGAAUUUGUAACACGCACA